AUGUCGACCGAGCUCAGAGACUCCCUCAUCUACGAUUGCAACUACAACCUUUUCAUUGUCAAGACUAUGCUUCCGAACAUCAGAAAUAUUCAAGACAGGCAGACGGCGGUCCGAUGGCUAAGAUACCUCAAGACAGGCGCAAACACCAUCGACGAAAUGAAGUUACGGAACGACUUUAUGUAUUACUUGGUGCUAAACGUCCAAGAGGGCACCCUCAAGCCACCGUUUGACAAGCCUCCGCUUCCAGGCAGCUCUAUGAUGUCAAUGGCAAAUCUUCUGCCAGGAGUCUCGGAGGGAGGCGUCUGUGACAUAAACCCACCCAAGACAAUAAAAUCCGGCGACUCGGUGAUCGCGGGGGGAGCACAGAGGUCGGAGAUCAUGCGACGAUCGCCUGACGGCGGUGCGUUCUUGGCCUCUCAGCCCAUACCUGACGUCGGCGCCUUUUGCUACCUCUCAGUCAUCACCAAGAAGCCGAAGUGA